AUGUCCACUCUUGUCUCUGAGCUUUCUCGACUUCGUCCCCUCCUGUUGUUGCAACCUUCUAUCUUGCGGGACCCGGCGCUGCUCCAGCAUCCGGCUUUUGGGCAUCUGGGUUCCUCCAAGGAGCGAGCUUACAUAAAGAGAAGAAAAUCCAAGAAAGACAAAGAUGGAAAGCGAGAUAAGGACAAAGACAUCCUGGUUGUCCCUCCUAUCCAAAUUGAACAGGAGCUAGAAGGUGAUGCGGAUGCCGACGGCGAAAUUGACCUGGAUCUCGUUACCAACAUUUCUACCGGUGAACACGCUGACACUGCAGUGUCCAUGGACAUGACCACGAAGCACAUGUCUACUAGAACCUCUCGCUUGGAUUCCUCUGGCCGAACUCAGUCUUCCAUAGAUGAUGGUAGAGAUCUUUUCGGUCCCGCUCAAUCAGCGGGAUCUCAGCAGCACCCCAAAUCUGCCGUCCCUAAACCCGAGGAAAGGCUAGAUAAGAAAAUCAAGGAUAGAAAAGGCCGCAACAAAAUGUUGGAUGAUCGUGCGCCCAUUCUGUCUGAUGCACGCGCAGAGUGCUUGUUAUUUGCCGCGCGAAAGAUUGGGCGCGCCCGUUCCGGGGUUAUCGCUAGAUUAGUAAAAGAACGAGAGGAGCGUACGCGACAAGAACGAGAACGCGAAAAGGUCAAAAAGGCUGCUGACACAGUGGCCACAAAGAAAGGAACCACAAUCGGACACGAGGGAACGCAUGCUUUUGAUAUCGGAAUGUCGUCUACAGAUCCUUACUGGAUGCAUGAUCCGGAGAAUCAGCCCGGGCCUUCAAAUUAUUCCUAUCCCGUCGCUGACCAGUCGACACCACGGACAAUUCCUAUAUCACGCCAUUCUACGUCAGCGACAGGUAUGCACCUUCGAGGCACUCAUCUCACGUCGCACAUCCACCCGCCUGUACAAUCACCUUCGCAACCUACCAUAGCUCACAUUCUUUCGCCUCAGACACGUAUAAUGCCUUAUGGGCUAUCUCGUCAAGGUGGAGCUCAUGCGUCGGCAUCUGGUGCAAUAAGUCCCCCAGCUGGACUUGCGAUUGUAGGAUCAUCUUCAGGUAGUUCUUCAAUUCUUCCGAUAACAGCUGCAUGGCCCGCACCGAGCACCCCGACUGGCAAUCGACAGGGAAUCGGGCCUGGGAAAAGUUCAACACCCGUGCGUGGCAGCGCGGUGCCCGCAAAUACCCCUGCAACGCCAUUAGACUCAUUGCUGAGUGCCGCGCGGACACUCAUGAUCGAGAAUGACGACGACGAUGACGACAAUAUCAGGGCAGAAAUCCACGAGACUACAUCAUUGAGUAGUAGCACUAGGAGACGCACGUCUACUGUUGCUUCCUUAGAAAGUCCGGUUCCGAAGAAACGAAGAAUAGCCGCUAAUGCGUCGUUUCCCGGGGCAAGCACAUCAGGGACUGGCCCUCGGACACGGAGGCAGACGAAGGCCGCUGCGAGCUUGCAGCAACCACAAACUAUGAAAUUGGAAAAGGGAAAACAGAAACAAACGGUGGUAGCAGGCAAAGGAAAACAAAAGGAAGUCGCUCCUGCGCCCAUCGCCCUGACGAGAGUGCGAAGCGCACUGGACGUGCUCGCGGACCAGGCAGCACAGGAGCAAGAGAGACGGCCCUCGGCUGGGCCUGCUAGUCGACAAGAGAGCAUUGAGCCUGACAAGAGGAAGUCCGCAUCCUCUAUUGCAGUCGCCGUAAGACGACAUAACUCGAUCGGAACUGAGCCGGCUGCAUCUCCUAAAAGUUCAGGGCGGCGUUCACCAAGCUUUCAUCCUACAUUUUCCCAUUCUCCUGAUAGGUCAUUUGAUCAGACUCAGAAUUGCUGUCUGCAAGAUCCUCCCGCCCAAGAUCAACCCAACACGAGUGCCUCUGGGCUCACAAUAGGCGAGCAGUCGCGCGAGGUGCAUAUUACAUCAGAUCAGCCAGGCGAGGCAGGCGGACGACAGCGGGACUCCGAGACACAGGCCGUAUCGUCGAUAAUAUUGCAGUCUGGUGCUAUCUCUGGGACCCAUCUGCCGCUGGAUUCCUCAUCGUUAGUCGAGCGAUCGGCCACUCUUAGUCAGUUGACUGAAGAUCGUACUAUGGAGGCAGACGAACGACCGUCGCAGCCGACAUUGAUCAACAACUUUGUUCCUCCGCAAGGAGAUGCCCAUACUAGCCAUAUGGACGUGUCUGUGGGCUAA